CAUAUCGGCUAGCCAGCAUCAUUUGGAAUUGUAUGUUGUAAAGUUUCUCUCUCAAUUUUUCAACUUUUUCAGUGGAAUAAACAUAAUUUUGUGCUUCCAAAGUGUGCCAAAUGUGACCAUUGGAUGCUUAUCUAUCUGCUGAUUAACAGUUUAACGUCAUCCAGGAGAGGUGGAUCCAGUAGUAGUGGUGGGAACAUUGUAAAAUCCAUAGAAUCGUAUUAAAGAACAUUAAUAUUUAGCUUCCUCCUUGAUUAUGUGAGGACUGUUAGAGAUACAGCAUAAAGCAUAAAAAAAAAGAAAAGAAAGAGAGAAUUCUCUAAAGGGGCCACAUGGAAGAAAAAUAAUGUGAGAAGAAGCCUCCGAAGAAAAGAGAAAUGUGAUAUUUUGGACAAAAUUUCGGGAAGCACGAGUGAAUUCGCAAGUCCCGGAGGGAGAUAAAAAAUCCGCAGAGUGCGUGAUGCAAAGAGUGGAGAUAGAGAGUGCUAUGGCUGCCACACAAAAUGGCAGCAAGAGCAACAGCGGCAGUGGUGGCACAAGAGAAUUCGUGGAGGGAUGGACGCUGGCACAGACUCUCGGUGAAGGAGCAUAUGGAGAGGUGAAAUUACUAAUAAAUCACCAAACGGGUGAAGCUGUGGCAAUGAAGAUGGUCAAUCUCGAGAAGCAUCCCGAUGCGUCUGUGUCUGUUAAGAAAGAAGUGUGUAUUCAGAAGAUUCUACAGCAUUCCAAUAUACUUAGGUAUUAUGGAAAAAGGACACAAGGAUCGAUAGAAUACAUCUUUCUCGAAUAUGCUGCAGGAGGUGAAUUAUUUGAUCGAAUUGAACCCGAUGUUGGAAUGCCACAAAGUGAGGCACAGAGAUAUUUUAUGCAACUCAUGUCCGGUGUAAAAUAUCUCCAUGACCGUGGUGUGGCUCAUCGUGAUCUAAAACCUGAGAAUAUCCUUCUUGAUGACAGAGAUAACAUUAAAAUAUCUGACUUUGGUAUGGCCACCAUGUUUAGAAUGAAGGGAAGGGAGAGAUUGCUGGACAAGAGAUGUGGAACACUCCCUUAUGUGGCGCCUGAAGUUCUCGUGCAACCAUAUUCUGCAACUCCAGCCGACAUUUGGUCCUGUGGCAUCAUCCUUGUUACACUAUUGGCAGGAGAAUUACCAUGGGAUAAACCAACCACAUCGUGCAAGGAUUUCCUUAUGUGGAAGGAAAACACGACGUGGACGUCGAUUACCCCCUGGAAGAAGCUGACAACACUCCAGUUGUCGCUUCUAAGGAAAAUCCUUGCAAUCCAGCCGAGUGAGAGGUUAACAAUUCAACAAAUACUGGAUCAUAAGUGGUGCAAUCUGAGAUUCAGUUCAACAGAUGCACCCCUUGUGGAUGACACACUGCAGCAGCAGAGGAAGCGAUUGCGGUCGAAUUUGGAUAUAUCAAAUGGUCGUGAGGUUUGUGCGAAGAUUUAUUUGACGCAACCAAGUGAAGGUUCGACGGAUGUCACAGACGCCGUGGGUAGUGUUGAGACGAAGAACAGCGGCUUCUGCUUCUCACAGCCAGCUCUCUUGGAUGACCUUAUUCUGUGCAGUCAAAUGAAUCCAACGCAGGGCACUCAGUCGAGUCAAAAUAUAAUGCAGCGUCUCGUGAAGCGUAUGACGAGAUUCUUUGUGGUCACACGGUGCGAUGAGACCAUCAAGAGGGUAUCCGCGGUGAUUGAAAAGCUCGGCUAUUCGUGGAAAAUUGGCGAGGGUGGCUCAAUGACGGUAUCCACGGUGGACAGGAGGAAGCUUCAGCUAAUUUUCAAGGUUACCCUCAUUGAGAUGGAUGGGCGCCUCCUUGUGGACUUCCGCCUAUCCAAAGGCUGCGGCCUGGAGUUCAAGAAGAGUUUCAUCAAAAUCAAAAACAGCCUUAAAGACAUUCUCGAUAAACAGUAAGAAGCAACACCCACUCUUAUGGACAAAAUCUCCAGAACACGCAAAUCACACGGGAGCGAUGACCUUACAAGGUUACUCCCGGUCAACUACUCUCAAGUACUAGAAGAGAGUGAUGUCGUCAUCCGCACCAAUGGCUAAAGAGUCUGUCCGUAAAUGACUCAUUGACCAAAAUAUCUGAUUGAAGAUAUUUAAUUAUUAUUUUUUUUCUGACUUUCAAUGAAUCUCACUCCAUUGAUGAAGAAUUUAAUGUAAAGUGUUAAUUUUUCUUCUUAUUUAACUGUUCCUGAAUUUAUUUUAGCUUCAAAAGUUGUGUAAGUUUUUUUUAUAAUCUUGAAUCUCUGAAUUUACAUUUUUUUUCUCUAGAAUUUUAUCAAAAUGAACAUAAAAGAUAAAAUUUUUUUAGAAUGUAAAUAAUUUUGUGCCAUUUCUUUGUGAAUUAGAUCUAUGUAAAAUUAAAAAUUGUAAUUCUUUGUUUGAAACAAUAAAUUGUUAUUCUAUUGAAUAAA